CUGUCAGUUAAAGGAGGAAUGAACCCACUUGGACUUACUCCUUCAGUUCAUAGGUCUGUUUCAUCUCGGCUGUUGAGGCUUAGCGUCUUUCUACUAAUUAGCCUCCCUGACUCCAGAGGAAAAGCAAUAUGGACAGCUCAUCUGAAUAUAACAUUCCAGGUGGGAAACCAAAUCAUAUCAGAGCUAGGAGAGAGUGGAGUGUUUGGGAACCACUCGCCUCUGGAAAGGGUGUCUGGUGCCGUGGUACUUCCUGAAGGAUGGAACCAGAAUGCUUGUAAUCCCCUGACCAACUUCAGCAGGCCUGAUCAGGCAGACUCUUGGCUGGCCCUCAUUGAACGGGGAGGCUGUACUUUUACGCAUAAAAUCAAUGUGGCAGCAGAGAAAGGAGCAAAUGGGGUGAUCAUCUACAACUACCCAGGUACAGGCAACAAGGUGUUUCCCAUGUCUCACCAGGGAACCGAGAAUAUCGUUGCAGUGAUGAUAGGCAACCUCAAAGGCAUGGAGCUUUUGCACUUGGUCCAGAAAGGUGUCUAUGUGACAAUCAUCAUUGAAGUGGGGAGGAUGCAUAUGCCAUGGCUGAGCCACUAUGUUACGUCACUGUUUACCUUCCUGGCAGCCACAGUGGCUUACCUUUUCCUGUACUGUGCCUGGAGACCCCGAGUGCCCAAUUCUUCUGCCAGGAGGCAAAGGCAGAUGAAGGCCGACGUGAAGAAAGCUAUUGGUCAGCUGCCACUUCGAGUGCUAAAGGAAGGGGAUAAGGAGCUAGACCCAAAUGAAGACAACUGUGUUGUUUGUUUUGAUAUAUACAAAGCCCAAGAUGUAAUACGAAUUUUAACUUGCAAACAUUUUUUCCACAAGACGUGUAUUGACCCCUGGCUUUUAGCCCAUAGGACAUGCCCCAUGUGUAAGUGUGACAUUCUGAAACCUUAA